AGACUAACUUUGCUCAUUGAUUAUUCUCCUUCAUUAUUGAGUGAUUAGCAUAAAUUCUACAUAAUUCAAAAUCUACAGUAGAUGUUCAAAAGAAACGAACCUAAUUGAAUAUGAAAUUUAGGGAAAUAAAAUGAAUAUCUGUCAAACAAAACUAAUUUUUAUGUACAACUGAAUCUUCAUAAAUCAUAGUUUUGUGAAUUUAAAAUAAAAUAUCUAAAAAAAUUUCAAGAUGAAAUUUGGAAUAUUGAAUUGUGGAAUAUUGUGUAUUGAACUGCAGGUCCUUUUCCUUUGUUUACUUUCUAUUCCGGAUCCGUAUGUGGCUGUGACCACAUGGAUGCGUGACAGAGAUAGUAUUAUAAAGAUAAAUAGGAAUAACAUAAUCUCUUUCCACGAAAUAUCAAGUAUAUUUAUGAGCUUUCGUUAGAUCAUAGUCUAACUUCUUCAGAUAAACAAGAUAUGGCUUGAUUAAACAGCGAAUAUGAUCUAACGAAAGCUCAUAAAUAUACUUGAUAUUUUGUGGAAAGAGAUUAUGUUAUUUUUACAUAUUGUAUAACUUGUAAUUACGCCAAUUUCUUAAAAGCUUCAUAUCAAAUUUCAAAAUUUGACGUAACUCAUGAUUUCGUUGAAACAAUAAUCAAUUUUACGAAUAACCAAUAAUUUUGAAUAUCUAUAUUCUAAAGGCAAAGCCUUUUUAAAUAUCUUUAAUAUUGAAUUUUUCAAAACAAAGUUUUUUAAACAUUUUUAAUCAUACUUGGAAAGUAGAUUUUAAACUAUAGUUAGACUAACAAUAUUUAUAAUUCUUCAUAAGUAUUUAAUUUAUUUUAAAAUAGUCAUUGCAUCUUUUUGUGAGUAUUGAAAAAAAGAAUUUCUGUAUUAUAAAGUGUUCCUUGGGUACUAUUAUUCAAAUUUUAAUUUUUUUACACUUCUCGUUUUGUUGUUAUGAAAUUGAAAAGACAGCGGUUGAUUCUGAUUUUUAAAGCUUUAUGUGUGUUACUAAUGAACAGUAAGUCGAAAGUUUUAUAAAUGUGGUGUUUGCAUUUAUUGUCUAUUGAAAAAGCAAAAUCAUAAUCACCAUUGUAUAAACCUGUCAAAGAAGUAGAUUUUUGAAUUGAACAUCACUGUUAACACUGAUAAAUGAAUUGUAUAUUUCAACAAUGCAAAAGAUCAAAUCUAACAAAUAUUUUCAUUUCUGUUGUUUCUAUCUGUUGUUUGUAGCUUUUUGUUAGAUACUUAUUUUUGAGGUGGAGCGCAAGACUCGACAAAUUCUAAAAGUGGGAGACCUGCUCUGGAUGUUCCCAACAUUAUACAUAAUAUGAAUUUGUUGUGUUCCAGAGAUCUAUAUUAUCAAAAACGCAAGCUUGUCUCUGUAUUUCAUAUUCUUCAAUUUCCUAUACUCGUGAAUGAGCAUUAUCUUUGAACUGUUCAUCAACUUUUAUUCGCUAAUAAUUUGUUUCAAUUCACAUGGAUUAUAUUUUUCAAUUGAAUAUAUAUUAUACCAUUUUGAUUCUUAAUGUUUUUGCUUUUUUUAUAGCUUUUUGUGUAUCCUAUAUGUAGUGAAUAAUUAUAAGUAAGAUGUCUUCAUCUAAAACAAGAAUUCAAAAUUAUCUGCGGCAAAACAAAAUUAGUGAACUUUUUGAGGAAAUGAUGGGAAAGUUAAUCAAAGAUCUGCCAGCGAGUCCAAUACAUUAUUUGGCAAAUUUAUUGCAAAAUAAAGAAAAAAAAAUAAAGCACAUUGUACGGGAUGACAGCACUACAACUAAAGAAAACAAAGUAGAAAUCAGCAGUAAUGCAAUGCUGUGGGCCACAGCACCUGCACAAAUGAAACCAACUUCUCCCAGAGAUAAAACAUCACAACAGUCAACAUCACCUGAGGUCAGAAAGUAUGACAAACCUUGGCAAACACAUUCAAAGAAAUCUCCCGCUAAAUCAAAAUCAGGUUCCAAAUUGAAUCAAACUACACCAGUAACCAAAUCAACAAAAAAUGAAAAGCCAGAAUGGAAUCAAAAAACGAAAAUAUCUUCAGGAGAUAAAAUAGAUGAUGUAAUAGAUGGUGGCGAUGAUCAAAUUGAUCUAGGACUUGUUUAUGCCAAACCUAAAGUUGUUGGUGAACAUCAAGUGAAAGUAAAAACUGACGAGGAAGAUAUUGAAUCAGAACUUUCUUUAUCAGGUAAAUAUAAAACUGAAGAAAACAAAAAAAGUGACAAUGUAUCAACAUCAAAAAAAUCUGCCAAAAUGUCAGCUAAGGAGGCAAAAAGGAAAAGAUUAGAAGAGUUGAAAAAAAUGGUUGACGAAUCGCAGUCAAAAUCUUCCAAACCUAAAUCAAUAUCACCCGUUACUAUAAAUAGUGAUGAAACUGACGAUGGUGCUCUUGAAAUAUUAGAAGAUGCUGACGAAUUAAUUCGUGAAGGUGUCAAGAAUCCACCUAAAACUGGUGUUGUUGUUGGAAGAUCUGGUCGAAAAUCAAAAGAUGAAAUUGAGUUUGUUUUGAACAUGUCAAAAUUUUUUGAUGAACUUGGAGGUAUGGAAGGUUUAAAUCAAACCAAUAAAGGAAGUGAUGUACAAAAUAAAUUUGAUGAAGAUGAUGAUGACUUCGAAAGUGCUUCACAGGUCACUGGACCACGUAAACCAGUGUGGGAAGCUCCAGAAUCAGAUGUAGAAUCUGUGCUUUCACAAAUAAAAAGUGCAAGAAGAUCUGAUAUUAAUGUAGAGUCAUUUGUUUCAAGAUCUGCUGCUAAAAAGCAAGUUGAGCCGAAACCCGAAAAGCAAAAGCGAAAAUCAUCAGAAACAAGUCGUCCACGCACAGCUCCUUCCAGAUCUCAUUCUAAUGUUGAAAUGAAUGGAGAACAUAGCAAUGGACGUGAAACAUACAGAGUAAUGGAUCCUAAAUCAACCAAAUCACCUCGUAGUCGACCAACGACCCCAAAAGGAAGUGAAAUAGGAAUGGCAAGUCGGAGAUUAUCACAAGCAUCGAACUUAUCAGAUGCACCCAAGAAAACUAGUGAGGGUGUGAAAAAUAAAGAUAAGAAAAAGAAGAAAAAAUCUGAUCCUGCAGAUGAUGUACCUGACACCAAACCAAAAAAUCAUUGAUAUUUAUCCAAAAAUGAGAAAAACAGAAUGUUCCAGUGGAAAAAGAUGCAAUAUGUUGGUAGUGAUGGUAGCAAAUCAAACAUAAAUAAGCAUGAUGCACAAAAAGAGCUCAAACAGAUCAUUGGAAUCCGUGACCUAAUUUCGAAACAUGAUUUUAACCAUUUUAAAAUGUUUCGGAUUUUUAUUCUAUUGCACAAAAUUUUUAUUGCCUUUUAAUAUUUCACAAUCCGUCCAUGAUUUCUAUCUAUUUCAUAUUAUCAAUUUUGAUACUUUUUUAUUUUGUAUUAUGGUGCUAUUAAACUUUGGUGUAUUUUUUACCAUUUAUCAAAGCUUACUAAAUCACUAGUGCUUCGUAUAUAAACAGCCUUAAUUCAUUAUUUACAAUUUAUACUUAUAGAUUCAUAUAAACAAAAUUAUGAUUAUUAAUAAAUAUCUUUAUGCAUGGUUGUCUCUUUGGAUAGACUCUGAAGUAGAUUCAGGUGAUCAAUUGUAAUACU